GGCAGGCACCUGGCAGGGAGCCGCAGCGCAGGGAUGUGAACCAGGCGGGGAGGAAGGCCCUUGACUCAUCAGAUAAAUCCAGCCCCGCACGGGGAGUGAAGGUGGAGGAGGUGGUGGCGCUGCUGCUACUGGCAGGGGAGGAUGGCUGGGGACAGCGAGCAGAGGCUGGAGGAACACGGGCAGCCCAGCGGCGGCGAGCCCUUUCUCAUUGGGGUCAGCGGUGGCACAGCCAGCGGCAAGUCCUCAGUAUGCUCCAAGAUUGUCCAGCUGCUGGGCCAGAAUGAAGUGGACUACCGCCAGAAGCAGGUGGUGAUUGUGAGCCAAGACAGCUUCUACCGGGUCCUCACUUCAGAGCAGAAAUCCAAAGCACUCAAAGGCCAGUUCAAUUUUGACCACCCAGAUGCCUUUGACAACGAACUGAUCGUGAAAACACUCAAAGAGAUCACGGAAGGGAAGACGGUCCAGAUUCCUGUCUAUGACUUUGUCUCCCACUCCAGGAAAGAAGAGACGGUGACUGUCUACCCUGCCGAUGUGGUGCUCUUCGAAGGCAUCCUCGCCUUCUACAGCCAGGAGGUGCGGGAUCUGUUCCGCAUGAAGCUUUUUGUGGACACGGAUGCAGACACACGGCUGUCCCGCAGAGUGCUACGAGAUAUCAGUGAGCGAGGCAGGGACCUGGAGCAGAUCUUGUCUCAAUACAUCACCUUCGUCAAGCCUGCCUUUGAAGAGUUCUGUUUGCCAACCAAGAAGUAUGCUGAUGUGAUCAUUCCCAGAGGAGCAGAUAAUGAAGUGGCCAUAAACCUCAUUGUGCAGCACAUCCAGGACAUUCUUAAUGGAGGACUCAGCAAACGCCAGAGCAAUGGCUACCUGAAUGGCUACACUCCUCCCCGCCAGCGGCAGCCUUCAGAGUCCAGCAGCCGGCCUCACUGACCCGAGUGGCAGCGUGAGGCUGGGGCAGAGGGCACUUUAGCCCUGAUACUGCCCCUCUGUACAUACUGUUUAUUCAUUCCCCCCUUAUCUAUUUAAGAAACCAGAUGGAAAUGAAUGCCUUUAAUUUUUUAUGUUUGAAAUGCUGAUUGAGAAUCAGCCUGCUACUUGGGAGCCUGGACUGUCCAUAGCUCCUGGCCUUGCUCAACAACUUCUCUAGCACAGAACCGGCUAUAAGUAUCUAUAAAUAUAGAAUUGCUCUAUUUUUGUGUAAAUGCAGAAUAAUGUAAAAUUACUUGCCAUAAGGUAUUCGCCAGGCUGAGUGUUGCUGGGAAGGCACGGGGAAGAGGGUCAUAGGAGAUAUUGCUGUCAGGAUCUUCGCCUCAAAGGCAUGAAGGAAGAGCAACAGGUGCUUUAGUAUCUCAGUGGUCUCUGUCCUGGGGAAGGGACAGACCUGUGGUGACUUGAGUAUGGUAUGGAUUUUGCAACUGGGCUGGCAUUGCCUCCUCCUGCUGUUGCUGUUCAGGCCUGAGCAGCCUGGGUUUGGCUGGCAGGCACUGCACAAUACCGCUGAGAGAAUGAUGUGUAAUACCUCCUCUGACUGUCUCUGCACUACCGGGUCUCAGUCUCUCAACAGCAUCCCUUUUUGUGUCUGACACCCCUUCCCACCACAGUGUGGUUCAGCUGUCACACUUUCAUCAGGGACCUGGUAGGGGAUGCUGGGUAUGUGAUCAUAUGUACAUGGCAGCUCAUGUCUUUAGCAGCUAGUCUCCGUGCUUGGCUUGGGUGAGGAUGGCACACUGAUGCUUGGUGGCGAGGUGUGUGGUGGGACUCCUAGCACAGCCCUAGCGUCAAUGCUAAGCCUAGAGAAUGGCUUGCAGAAGGUCAGAAGUGUGUCUGUCAUUCCUCACUGGGAAUGGUUUUGCUCUAGAUGGGGGAUUUGGGGUCUGUAAGAUACAGUUAAGGGAAAACCAGCCUCUACUGAACAAAAGGAGCAAUAGAUGAUGAAAGGCUGUCUCAGUAGGGGCAGCAGCAUGUGCCUGGGCUACCCAAUAUCCCCAUAUGGGACAUCCACAGGUCCCAGCUGGGUAGCAUGAACCUGGAUGCCCAGAAAUUUUCUGUUCCACUUUUUCAAGGCAUGCUGUCACCUAGUCUGUGUCCCUUUCAUUGCAUCCUGGUGGUGGACAGUGUCCCUGCAGUCAUCCCCAGGGUUGCCCAGGAAGUGCCCUCCCUUGCACAGGGUGACAACGAAUCUCCCUUAACCUGGUAGUGCUGCAGCACCUGUGUCUCAGUAGAGGCUGGUGAGACUGGACUGCACGUCAGGGGAUGCCUGGAGAGCAAGGGGCAGCAGGGCUGGGGCAGAGGCUUGGUGACAGCCAGGGAAGGGGACAUAGGAUGGCAGCCUUUGGCCCAUGCUGCUGUGUCUGACUUGUCCCAAAACAAACUUUCAUAGGCAUCCCAUGAGGCCUGGAGCAGGGGCCAUUAGCCUUGCUCUCUCCAGUGAUUCCCAGCUUUUCCAGAGCAUUGUUUUUGUUCUGCAUGGUUAAAAGCUUAAGACCUUAGAUGCUCAAUGCUCCAUUGCUCUCCAGCCCCAUGUGAAAUAAAAUUUGAUUUUUAACAAGAGAACAAGAAAGGAAACACACACUUCACACACUCCCUGCCAUGACCUCUGCUGGGACAACCUCUUUCCCUCUUAAUCUGUGAUGUGGACACGUGGCAGCCUUUUAUCCCCUUUCCUGUCUUUACCCUCUUUAUCCCCUUAUCCCAGACACUUCCCAAGGCAUGCUAGCUUUGCCAUAAUCAGGGGCUGUACUGAGUAAUCCUAGGUACAGCCAUAAUGUCACAGAACUGAUCAAUUGAAGCUGAACAAAAUCUAUUCAAACUCAAUUAAAACUCCACCAACAUGAACUAAAGAUUUGGAAUGUCACAUGAAUUCAUCAUUAUGCUGCUGAAUCUGAAACUUCAUGGCCAAUAAUCCAAAAUGCACAAUCACUCACAUGAAAUGGGAGGGCUCUCAACCGCAAGGAGUUCCCCUGAAUGGUGUCCUGACCCAAGGGGAGAGUCCCUGACUUCGGACCUGCUGCUCUGAGGAGGACCAAAACCACAUGCCCUCUGGUGUGGCUCCUUUUAUACCCUUGUUGAGUCUGAGCUGUGGUUAGACAUGGUCAUAUAGACCCCCAUGGGCUCAGGACCCAACUUCCUCACCCCUGCACCCCUGGACCACCACCAUGUGGGUGGGACAAGAGCUGUGCAUGUGGGAAGCUCUAUCAGGCUCUUGUCUGUGGUGGGAAGCUUUCCUGGGCUUUUGUCAGUUCCUUGCCAGGGCUUUUGUCAGGGUGGGUGUACCUCCCACAUACAGGUAAGAGGGACCAAAGCCCUGCAGAAUUGGUGAGGCAUUGUGGGGCUUAAGCAGCCGAGACAGCUCUCAAGAUAAAAUGCUGGCCUCCUUCUCCACUGUAAAUAAAGACAGAACAAAUGGUU